AUCUUUUUUAAAUUAAAUGCCUAAGGAAAUUCAGGAUGUUAAGGAGUUCCUCUCACUCAUGAAGGGUAGUGACGCAUAAGCUAAAGACUCCAAUAAGGAACCAAAAAAGAGUAGAAUUUAAAGUCAUUUUAAUAGAUCUCUACAUUAAAGAGUCAAAGAAGAUCACCAAAUUCAAGUUGAGAGGAAAGAAAUACCUCUUCACUUUCAAAACAGCUGAUAAGAAUAAGGCCUAAAAAAUUCAAUAAACACUCCCAUAAAGUAUUUAACCUAAUUCACAAUUACUUAGAUGUCAAUAAAAUAGUUAUUGGUGCAGGUGGAAAGAAACAAUAAACCAAAAAGAAGUAAAAGAAAUGAACGCUGAUUUAUUACAUAUUCAAGAGUACAUUAUCUAAGAGCAUUUAUU